AUGCCGCCGCCGCCGCCGCCGCCUUCGCCUUGCCGCCUGGCGCUGCUGGCGCUGCUGGCCUGCGCCGCCCUGGCCCGAGCCGCCGCCGCCGCCGCCCCCCCGCCGCCGCCGCCGCGCGCCGCCGGCCUGGCGCAGCGCGCCGCCGCCCUGGGGACGCGCGCCUUCGUGGCGGUGUCGGGCCGCUGGCCGGAGCGCAACGUGGCCCUCUCGCCGCACGGGCUGGCCGCGGCCCUGGCCCUGUUGCAGGCGGCGGCGGGCGGCGAGACGCGGCGCCAGCUGCAGGCGGCCAUGCGCUACGGCCUCGCCGAGAAGGGGGUUCCGAGAGCCCUGCGGUGGCUGCAGAAGGCGCUGACGGACCCGGCCAACCAAGACCUGGUGGAGACGGCCGAGGCCCUCUUUGUCCAGCGGGACCUGCCCCUGGCCCCCGGGUUCCUGCCCAGGUUCUACCAGGUGUUCCGCCAGAUGGUCAAGCAGGUGAACUUCACGGAGAGCGAGGCGGCUCGCGGCAUCAUCAAUGACUGGGUGAAGCAGCACACGGCAGGUAUGAUCCAGGACUUCUUGCGGGAAGGGACCCUGGACGAGAUGACCCGGCUGGUGCUGGUCAACGCCAUCCAUUUCAAGGGCCGCUGGAGGACGCCGUUCCCGGAGGACGCCACCCGGCUGCGCCUCUUCCACAAGCUGGACGGGAGCUCGGUUUCGGUGCCCAUGAUGGAGCAGACUGGUAAAUUCUGCUAUGGUGAAUUCUCCACCCCAGAGCAAGUGGAGUAUGACGUCCUCGAACUGCCGUAUCAGGGGGAGACCCUCAGCAUGUUUAUCGCUGCCCCUUUCGAGGACACCCCGCUGUCGGCCCUGACGGCUGCCCUCGAUGCCCAGCAGGUGGCUGACUGGAAGAGCGGCCUGUUUUGUGCCACAAGACACCUGGUCCUGCCCAAAUUCACCCUGGAAACAGAAUGCGACCUGCGAGAGCCCCUGGAGGCCCUGGGCCUGAGGGCCAUGUUUGACCCCCAGGCGGCCGACUUCAGCAGCCUCUCAGAUCAAGAGUCGCUCUUUGUGGCCCAGGCUCUGCAGAAGGUGAAGAUUGAUGUGAACGAGAGCGGGACAGAAGCUGCCUCUGCCACAGCUGCUGUGGUCUAUGCCCGGAUGGCCCCGCUAGAGAUUGUGAUGGACAAGCCCUUCCUCUUUGUGGUGCGGCACAACCCGACUGGUGCGGUCCUUUUCAUGGGGCAGGUGAUGGAGCCCUGA